AUGUCUAGACUUGCAGUUGCUCAACCUAUCCUACAAACUACAAAGGCUUCUUAUGAUGGCAAAUCAUCUUUAACCAUUACUCAAAAGGUCCAGGAGUCGGCUGGUAUCCAGCCUGGAUUGUAUUUGGGUGACAAGUGGUUUUCAGAAGCAAUGGAUCAGCCACCCCACCACUCCGUUCCAUCACUUCCGUACGAGUAUCCCCAGAAAUCAUUCAUUUCAUUCGUCUUACAUAAAGCAACAAGCCCUUCUCUACAGAAACGUUCAAUUGGACCACCUUUCUCUUCGGCCUCACAUAAUACACCAGCGUUUAACGUUAUACAUGUGAUAGCAGGUGUUCUAGGUGGACUGGGGGCAACACUUGUUGGAGUUACCAUGUUCUUGAUGUGCCGCAAGAAGCGCAAGAAGAGGGAUAAUUCUCUCGAUAUUGAAUCUAAGCCUGUCACGCCAGCACCAUCCAUUCCUUCCAAUAAUUUAAAAGGAACCAGUUCCUCGUCUUCUGCCUCAACCUGUCCCACUGAUCGUUUUGAUCAAUUUGCAAUCGACUUUUGUUAUGAAGAACGCCAACAGGCCAGUACCCACAAUUCAAUAUCUUCGUGCACAACUUUACCAGCCGAGAUUGAUCUUUCUGAUGAUCCCGUCAGUCCGUCGAUGCAGCAACAUCGUCUCCAGUACCUUAUUCUUCAGCAGCAGUUAAAAUCCCAGGCAGCUUCAAGUUCUCGUCCUAACGCCACCAAACCACCACCGCCAUAUCACCCAUGA